UCGAUAUCUCGGGAGCCGGAAAGUCGUUGCUACCUUUUGGCAGUCAAAGAUUUUGAGGAUUGCAGAAAUGUAUAAAAGAAUUAUGUUCAUAGUGUUGGGCAUCAGUCGCUCAUUUGGAAUCCACGUAACCAAACCUAAAUAAUCAACAAUGAAAUCGAUCAUUUUCGCCCUUGCCUUUGUGGCUAUCGCUGCUGCUGUGCCAGUUGAAAAGGAGCCCGCAAAAAUCCUUCGCUCAGAACUCGUUCAAGAUCCUCAGGGUUCAUAUUCUUUGAAUUUCGAGUCUGACGAUGGAACUGUCCGCCAAGAGACUGGGGAGUUGAAACAGCUUUUGGACGAAGAUAAUAAACCACACGACGUUGUCGUCAUGAAGGGAUUUUAUUCUUACAUCAACGACGUUGGCAAGGUUGAGACCAUCAACUACUACGCUGACGACACCGGAUUCCACGCGGAGGGUGAUUCUAUCCCCAAGCCCGUCGAACUAGUCUCCAGACGAUAGGACAGGAAUCAAAUGACUAAACUGGCUUCAAUGAGUAAUUGAUUACAAUAGUAGUAUUAUCUUUCAGUUGAUUGCUCAUUGAUUUUAAUUAUAAGGUUGAACUUGAUUGCGACAAGUCAAAAACUGUGAUUGGAUUGUGGCACAGCAUCCGUUCAAAAAUUAUGCUGGCGUUACAAUCUGUCGCUCACUGCCAUAAUUUUUGUACUUUCUUAUUGUUUUGUUAUUGAUGUGAUCCUAAGUGCAAAUAAAGUUCGUUGAGUGUACCAUAGGUAUUUUCUUUUA